CGCGUUGGGAAGCGAGGCAAAAAAAAAAAAAAACACGGGGCGCUCGACGCGUCAGCGGCACGCGGGGAAGUCAGACGGCGAGGCAGCGACAUCGAUUCGAUGGGAGCGGCUCGGGGAACGGAGGUGAAGGCGGAGGGCGUCCUGCGCGGCGCGUGCGCGGCGCUGGCCGCGGCGGCUGCGCUGCUGGUGGGGCUGAGCACGCAGACGGAGACGGUGCUGCUCGUCAGGAAGAAAGCCACCGUCAAGGACGUCCAGGCCCUCUGGGUGCUGGCGGUGGCGGCCGGCGCGGCGGCGGGGUACCACCUUCUGCAGCUGCUCAAGUGCUUCUACCUCGGCCGCCGCUUCGCCGUGAGCCCCUGCCGGAACAGCAGGGCCUUGGCCUGGACCUGCCUCCUGCUCGACAAGGCGUGCGCGUACACGACGUUCGCAGCGACGGUGGCGGCGACGCAGGCGUGCAUGAUCGCGCUGGAGGGCGCGCACGCGGUGCAGUGGACCAAGCUCUGCAACAUCUACACCCGCUUCUGCGAGCAGAUCGCCGGCAGCCUCGCGCUGGGGAUGCUCGCCGCCGCCGGCACCGCCGUCGCCUCCGCCGUCUCCGCGCGCAACCUCUUCCGCCUCUACCCGUCGCAGCUGCCGCGGCCAUACGCCGCGCACUAGCGACGCCCACAGCGCAAACUGGGCCGCGCGUGUUUCUCUGAUGUCUCUGGGUUUCUUCAGAAGAAUCUAACGCUGGGCCAUGAAGAAAUGCAGGCCCAGAUGAAGGGUAACUUGGGCUGUGAAGGUGGGGUCUACUCCCGUAUGUAUUAUUUUCUUUUCUUGUGCUUUUCUUAGAUUUGUUAUGUUAGUAAGACAUGAUAUGUACUCUUAUUAAAAAAAAAUGAGUAUGUACUCCAGUGUAUCUGUAUGUAUUUGCAGUGUGCACAUCAACUCUUAUCUGUAGUUCUGCUAAAAAAACAGGAAUUACUGGCUGCUGUAAGGUCUGAGAUUGUUGCAGUUGGCCUUUCAUAACUUUAGUUCAUCUCCCAAUUCCUAAAACUACAUUCCAUUUGGAAAUUGGAAUAGAAGAUUCCUGUAGGAUUCUA